CUGUUGCCCAACAUGACGCGCCGUAUAGUGCGCACAAUAAUCCAGCUCACGGCUGUGACGCUGUUGACGUUCCUCGCCGUCUUCUUCCUCGACCGCAAUUUCCGAGUCCUUCCCAAGUCGAUGCACCACUACAUGCCCCAGCAUCACCAUGGCCUGAUCGUCACCGAUAUAACAAUAACGAAAUGCUCCAACAUCAACGUCUUCUCCUCAUGCAAGCUCGACGUCAACAAGUGGCACCGCAUCGAGAAGGACCUCUAUCUCGGCAAAUCAUGGACACAAAGCGCAUACGUCCACAUUGCGCGCAAGAAAGAGGAGGAGCUCGUCCCUGAAGAUAAGGUCGUCAUGGACGUCUCCGUCGGUAGACUGGACCCUACAACCACGAAGAAGGGAGAGGAGGACGAGAGAUGGGAGAGCCGACCGUACGGCUUGUGGGUGAAGCGCUCCUCCAACCAGAAGGACAGCGACUCCAAGAAGGCCAUCACUGGCGUCGACGUUCUCUUCGGUGACGAUGCCGUCGAAGCGCGCGAUGGCUGGCAGAUCGUGGGCACACCCUUGCUUCUACCUCUGAGCGACGAUGUUCCCGUGACACAACUCACGGUUCGAAGAGGUAGCCAGAAAGAGCCGGUCAAACCGCGCCCGCGCAUUGCUGAGAACGGCAAGUUCAAGAUAGUCCAGCUUGCCGAUCUCCACCUCAGCACUGGCGUCGGGAAAUGUCGCGAUGCUAUGCCUGAGGGAUACAAUGGCGGCGUGUGCGAAGCGGACCCCAGAACGCUCGACUUCGUGCAAAAGGUUCUCUUCGAGGAGAAGCCUCACCUGGUCGUACUCAGUGGAGACCAAGUCAACGGUGAAACGGCGCCUGACGCGCAGUCGGCCAUUUUUAAAAUCGCUCAAAUCCUCAUCAAGAUGAAGAUCCCCUACGUCUCCAUUUUUGGUAAUCACGACGAUCUUCACCUCCCGCGCAGCGCUCAGAUGCAAAUUCUCGAAUCCUUGCCGUAUUCCCUGGCACGGGCCGGCCCGGAGGAAAUUGACGGUGUCGGCAACUACUACGUCGAGGUCCUUGCUAGAGGCAAGUCUGACCAUUCGGCGCUGACGCUGUACAUGCUGGACUCUCACGCCUACUCGCCCGACGAGAGGAAAUAUCAUGGUUAUGAUUGGAUCCACCAGAACCAGAUUGACUGGUUCAAGAAGACGGCUUCUGGCCUUAAGCAGGCGCAUAAGCAGUAUACUCACGUACACAUGGAUCUGGCAUUCAUCCACAUUCCCCUGCCAGAGUACAGGGAUCAAGACCUUGCUCUCAAAGGCGAAUGGAGGGAGGGCGUUACGGCACCCAACUUCAACUCUGGUUUCCGAGACGCCCUGGUUGAGCAGGGUGUCGUCAUGGUCAGCUGUGGCCACGACCACGCAAACGACUACUGCUCGCUCUCAAAAGACGCGUCAAAUAAGCCCGCGCUGUGGAUGUGCUACGCCGGUGGCGUGGGCUUUGGCGGGUACGGAGGCUAUGGCGGUUACCACCGCCGGAUACGCGUGUUCGAAGUCGACACCAACCAGGCCCGUAUUACAACGUGGAAGCGGGUGGAGUUUGGCGACACCGGCAAGAGAGUCGACGAGCAGAUGAUCGUCGACGAAGGCAAGCCGGUGGGACUGAGGGCUGGCUAA